AUGGCGUCUCUCGCACCACCCCAGUUGCGCGUUGACACCCGCAAUUCUCGCGGGAAUGACAACGACGACGCGAUAACACCGUCACCUAUAUCGACGCACUCAAAUCCGUUUCUCACCCCGGCAAUCAGCGCUGCAACAAGUAUGCAUUCAACCGCUUUAACGGAAGAUCCGGAUACAGCUCUUCACCCCGAUCCCGGCACGGAAGGCGAGUUUGUCGUUGACAAUAAUCCUUUUGCUUUUAGCCCUGGGCACCUCAACAAACUUCUCAACCCGAAAUCUUUGGCCGCUUUUUUCGCGCUCGGCGGCCUGCGCGGUAUCGAAAAAGGAUUACAGACAGAUGUCAAAGCCGGUUUAUCCCAAGAUGAGGUGGGCGUUGGGGGCAGAGUAAGCUUCCAGGAGGCCACCGGCCAUCAGGAGCCCUCCUUCGCCACAUCCGGUGCACAGCCACCAGCCACAACACACCACGCUGAUGCCAAUGGUUUCACUGACCGAACCCGAGUUUACGGCAAGAAUGUCCUGCCCGCCAAGAAGGCGACACCCUUGUGGAAACUCAUGUGGGGUGCAUACAACGACAAAGUUAUCAUUUUGCUUACAGUCGCCGCCGCUAUUUCGCUUGCGCUUGGCCUUUACGAAACUUUUGGUGCUGAGCACGACCCUGAGGCAGGCCAGCCGGUUGACUGGGUUGAGGGAGUAGCUAUCAUCGCUGCUAUUCUUAUCGUCACCUUGGUUGGAUCUUUGAAUGACUGGCAGAAGGAACGAGCCUUUGUCAAGCUCAACGCCAAAAAGGAAGACCGAGAGGUCAAGGUUAUCCGAUCCGGCAAAUCGUACAUGUUGAACGUCGCGGAGAUUUUGGUUGGCGAUGUUAUCCAUCUCGAACCCGGUGAUCUCGUCCCUGUGGACGGUAUUUUCAUCAGCGGCCAUGAUUUGAAGUGCGACGAGUCCUCGGCGACAGGCGAGUCCGACGCUCUCAAGAAGACGGGCGGUGAUGCCGUCUACAACGCCCUGCAAUCUGGAAACGCUACCAAGGACCUCGACCCCUUUAUCAUCUCUGGCGCUAAGGUUCUCGAGGGUGUUGGCACGUUUGUCUGCACCUCCGUCGGUACCAACUCUAGCUUUGGAAAGAUUAUGAUGUCGGUACGCACCGAGAUGGAGGCAACGCCUUUGCAGAAGAAGCUCGAGGGCCUGGCCAUGGCUAUCGCUAAGCUUGGUAGCAGUGCUGCCCUUCUCCUUUUCGUCGUCCUCCUGAUCCGCUUCCUGGCUGGCCUGGGCUCCAACAACAGCUCUGGCGCCGAGAAAGCUUCCACUUUCAUGGAUAUCUUGAUCGUCGCCAUCACUAUCAUCGUCGUUGCCGUCCCAGAAGGACUACCUCUGGCUGUAACUUUGGCUUUGGCAUUUGCUACCACCCGUCUAUUGAAGGAGAACAACUUGGUUCGUAUCCUUAGGGCAUGCGAGACGAUGGGCAACGCCACAACGAUUUGCUCCGACAAGACUGGUACUCUGACCACGAACAAGAUGACUGUUGUUGCCGGCACUUUUGGAUCUGCCAGCUUCUCCAAGUCGGUUGAGGGCGAGAAGACAAUCGGCGCCGUUGAAUUUGCUCAAUCACUUCCUACAGCUACGAAGAAGCUCAUCGUUCAGUCUGUCGCCAUCAACUCAACCGCUUUCGAGGGUGAGGAGGAAGGCCAAGCUACAUUCAUUGGUUCCAAGACCGAGACCGCCCUUCUCCAGUUCGCCAAGGACCACCUCGGCAUGCAGGGACUGGCCGAGACUCGUGCCAACGAGGAAGUUGCGCAAAUGAUGCCAUUCGACUCCAGCAAGAAGUGCAUGGCUGCCGUCAUCAAGCUAUCCGACAACGAGGGGUACCGCCUUGUAGUCAAGGGUGCUUCCGAGAUUCUCCUCGGGUACUGCAGCCAACAGGUCAACGUCAACGAUCUCUCCAUCUCGACUCUGGAGCAGUCCGACCGCCUCAACCUCGAGGCGACGAUUGACGCCUACGCCAAGCAGUCUCUCCGCACCAUCGCUCUCAUCUACCAAGACUUUCCCCAAUGGCCCCCCCACGGUGUUAACGCCACCAUCGAAGGACACGUUGAUCUCGGAGAUGUCCUCCACGACCUCGUCUUUGCCGGUGUCGUUGGUAUCCAGGACCCCGUCCGUCCUGGUGUUCCCGAAGCUGUUCGCAAGGCUAAGCAUGCUGGUGUUGUCGUUCGCAUGGUUACUGGUGACAAUGCUGUCACUGCCCAGGCUAUUGCCACCGAGUGCGGCAUCUUCACCGAAGGUGGUCUCAUCAUGGAGGGUCCCGUCUUCAGGAAGCUUUCUGUCGAGCAGAUGAACGAGAUGCUGCCCCGCCUGCAAGUUCUUGCCCGCUCCUCGCCAGAAGACAAGCGCGUCUUGGUCACCCGACUCAAGGCUCUUGGUGAAACCGUUGCCGUCACUGGCGAUGGUACUAAUGAUGCGCCUGCGCUCAAGGCAGCUGAUGUCGGUUUCUCCAUGGGUAUUUCCGGUACCGAGGUCGCCAAGGAGGCGUCUUCUAUCGUCUUGAUGGAUGACAACUUCACCUCGAUUGUUACGGCCCUGAAGUGGGGAAGAGCAGUGAACGACGCCGUGCAGAAGUUUCUUCAGUUCCAAAUCACGGUCAACAUCACUGCUGUUCUCCUCGCCUUCAUCACCGCCGUCUCCGAUCCCGACAUGGAAUCCGUCCUCACCGCCGUCCAGCUUUUGUGGGUCAACCUCAUCAUGGACACCUUCGCCGCCCUUGCGCUCGCCACGGACCCCCCGACCGAGAAGAUCCUCGACCGCCUGCCGCAAGGCAAGAAGGCGCCCCUCAUCACCAUCAACAUGUGGAAGAUGAUCAUCGGUCAGGCAAUCUUCCAGUUGACCGCUACCCUGGUUCUUCACUUCGCCGGUAACGCCAUCUUUGGCUACGACGCCAACAACGAAGACCAGCAGCUGGAGCUCGACUCCAUGAUCUUCAACACCUUUGUGUGGAUGCAAAUCUUCAACGAGUUCAACAACCGUCGCCUGGACAACAAGUUCAAUAUUUUUGAGGGCGUGCACCGCAACUACUUCUUCAUCAUCAUCAACUGCAUCAUGGUUGGCGCCCAGGUUGCUAUCAUCUUUGUCGGUGGCAAGGCCUUCCGCAUCACACCAGGCGGUAUCAGCGGCGAGCACUGGGCCGUCUCUAUCGUUCUCGCAUCCGUCUCUCUCCCAAUGGCCGUCCUCAUCCGUCUCUUCCCCGAUCCCUGGUUCGAGAAGAUUGCAAAGACGGUCGGCAGACCCGUUGUUAUCGUCUAUCGCGCCCUCGGCAGGUUCUUCACCACAAUCGGUGCCGCUUUCCGUCGCAAGAAGACUACCGAGGCUGACGCCGUAUCCGAGGACGCUGGUGUUUCUUCAGGCUCUGAUGACGCCAAGGUCGCUGCGCCCGAGAUUGUCAUCUCCACCCAGGAGGAGAACACAAACACCAGAGAUGUUGAGAAGGCUCAGUGA